CGUAGCAAUCAGUCUGCUGCCGGCUGGAUGGUAGUGGUUGCAUUACCCUGGCUGACUGAGAAACUGCUCUUUUUUUUUCUUUUUUCUUUUUAAUUUGUCCUCAGAAAGGGCGGAAGUCUUGAGAUAUAUUCUUUGUGUUUUUUUCUUUUUUUGUACUCCACUGGUGACCUGACUGAGAAUCGGCUCCUCGAAGUGCAUUCCAUCGUCGUUGACUGUGUGGAACAUGUUGCCACUGCCAGAGAGUCUGUCGUUCCUACCAGGGGGACUGUGUGCCCCCUCGAUCUGCCACGUGUUUCACUUCUUGCCCUUGCCUCCUUGCAUCUAACCAAUCACUAAUCAAUCAAUCAAUCAAUCUAUCUAUCUAUCUACCAAUCCAUCAAUCAAUCCAUCAAUCCAUCAAUCCAUCAAUCCAUCAGUCAAUCGUGUUGCCAAUGGGAAGCUUUGGUUGGCCGACUUCAAGGAGCAACACCCCACGGUCCACCAGUCCUACACGUCCUGUGCUUACUACUGGCGAGGCUGUGUCGAGCUCUAGGGUCCCUUUGGCCAUCGACAGGCUUCGCCGACGAGACGGGGUUGUUGCUGCGGCAUCUGUGCCCUCUUCCCCUAGGGGUAGCAGGCCCAUCAGCAGGUCGGGCUCGCCCUAUCGUCGAUUGCCGGGGGACGAUGAACGGCUGUUGACUGAGCGUAAGUUGAGAGACCUCUUGUCUCGUGAUGACAAUGGCCUUCCUUCUUCACGUCCUAUGACGAUCAUGGACAAAGCGCUGGCAGCACUCACUGGCAAGAGUGCGCCAGCCGAUCAGUCUGAUCAGCCGUCGAGUAGAGAGGCAUCAACGGGGCCAUCGAGAACACUGGCUUUCGAUGACAGUCCCCCUUCCUCAGCCUGGCCCCCUUCCUCGUUGACCGAUCGCCGUCCGGCACCAUCGCCCCCCCGGAAGGCUCAUACUGGUAGGCGUUCGUCCUUCACAAUCCCACGCAUCACUCUCCCUCGUUGGAAGACUAUAGUGACCGGCCUGAUAGGAUUGCUGGUCUGCUUGUCCUAUCUCUUCGGGGUGCUACGCUACCAUCCUCUGUGGCUGUUGUUAUUCGUGUAUGGCGUGCACGCCCUGGACCGUCUGCGAUAUGGACAACCCAGAUGGAAGCCGUGGGGGCCAGGAGGUGGUUUGACGGUGUGCCACAUCUGUGGGACCAAGGUGAGAGUGGGAGAGAUGGCCUACGAUGCAGGAGGAGGAGGAGGAGGAGGGGGGGAGGAGGAGGGUGAAGAGGGGGAUGGGCUCAGCGACCUGGGGGGAGAUAACUCGUUGUACGACGUUGGGCCCUACGAAUCUUGUGAGUGGUUGUCGAGGACCAUCGCUGUGCUGUGGGGGUUCUUCGGUAGGGAAUGGGAGAAUUGGCUGCAGGAGCUCAUGACCACCAACCUUAACCUUUAUAAACCGGACACCAUUGAGUCCAUCCGAGUCGAUGAGGUUCGACUAGGAUCUGUGCCCUACCUAAGAGGGAUCAGGCUUCACUCUUUCCCACCCUCGGAUUCGCUGGAGUUCGACCUUGCCGGGUCACUGAAGGACAGCGUGCUGGCCAAUUUGUCCAUAAAGGUGAGAACGGUCAUGGGGGCCAGCGUCCGUGUUCCUGUGGGCAUUAAGUUGAAACGGCUCAACUGCGACCUACGGGUGCGAGCUCACCUGAUGAGGGAGAUGCCGUAUGUGGGCCUCCUGGCCUGGCAGUUCACCCGGAAGCCUCAUCACCAGUUCUCACUGCACGAGUUGUCCACCAAGCUCAACUUGACAGAGAUCCCUGUGCUUAGCAAAUGGCUAAAGGGGCUUCUAGAUAAGGCGAUAAACGAUUGGAUGGUGAACAACCCGGUGGAGUGUCCGUUCCAAGAGUGGUAUGUUACGAAUAACCAUGGGGGGGGCGGGGGCGGGGGUGGGGGGGGUUCGAAGCCCACGAAAGGUCGAUUUUCGGAGAUGGUCAGGCUUGGGAAGUCGGGCAAAACCUUGAUGGUCAGGCUUGGGAAGUCGGGCAAAACCUUGGUCAGUGAUCGGCGGUCGGUCAACAGGGGAUCGACGAGAGAAAAGGGUAAGCAAAUUGCCGUGCUGGCUAUGGAUGGAGGGGUGGAACCGGGGGUCAGGGGGGGGAGGGUGGGUCUGGCCACGGUGCAGGUGGUGGAGGGGGACCAUCUUCCGAAUGUUGACACCUUUGGCGAGAUCCGCCCCUUCUGCGUGGUCUCGCUGAGGACCCAAGGGCAAACCAGGACCAAAUUCCAGACCAAGAGGAUGGAGAACACGCGAGCUCCUUGGUGGUGGGAAACCUUCGAGCUAGUGGUGCCUGACGUCGACAACGACGAAAUCGUCCUCAACGUGUUCCAUCACAACCUGAUGACCAAACCCGAGCUGCUGGGGGAGUUAAAGCUGCGAGCCGUGGAUCUAAUCAGCCAGAAGGGGGGUAACCCCCCAGGUGGAGGGGGGGUUGGUGGAGGUGCAGUUGGCGGGCAGAAGGUCACGGCGGGCUCAACAAGCCCCCAAGGUGGGAGUCGAGGUGGAGGAGGCGGGGUUGGGGGUGCAGCGGGGGAGGGGGAAAGUGAUCGUGAGGGGACGGGAGAGGGGAGAGGAGGAGGUGCGGGGAGAGAGACGGCAGCAGGACCCUCCUCUCCCACCACCGCAGCGUCAUCUCCCCCUUCCUCCCAAACCCACGGAACUGUAGUGACCUCCAACGUGUGCUGGUACAAACUUGUCGGCCCCAGGGAAGACUCCGGACGCAUCAGGGUUGGCACAGUGCUGCAGUUGCUGGAGCAAGUCAUUGACGAUUCGUCCAGCGAUGACGAAUCCUCGGAGGACGAAGGUCGAAGCAUUGGUGGUGGUGGUCAACAGCGAAGCAGGCAUGACCACUACGACGAUGAUCACAGAAGAGGUGUAGAGGGCCAGGCUUGGAACUCAGCGGGAGGUGCAGCAGCUGCAGGUGGGGGUGGGGGUGGGGGUGGGGGUGCCAACCCUUCCGCAGCGUUGCUUGCUGUUCCUGGAGGAGGCCUGACCACCCCCUCCUCUUCCUCCAGCUCCCCACUUUCGUACUCUACCAAGGGUCGUCCCAAAUCCCCUCAUUCUCCCAAGCUUUCCCGGACCCCUGUCGUAGAUAUCCUCCAUCUGAGGCUAGUCAGAGCAGAGGUCAAGUUCAAGUUCAUGAUCCCGUCUCCAGAUCCCUACUGUGUUGUUGUCAUUGGCACCACCUCCUGGCGCAGCAGCUGGCAGAAGCUCACUCUUAACCCUAUCUUCAACGAGAUUUGCGACUUUGUCCUUACCAAAGAGGACAAACGACGGCAGCUCAACAUCCAAGUGUGGAACAGGAACCGCACACGCAGUGACGAGAUGAUAGGCACAUGCAGAUACGACCUCGGGGAGCUGAGGCAUGGCAAUGCUCACAACAUAUGGCUAGACAUAGAUGGAGGCGCCAAGAAGUCUAGAUAUGGCAGGGUCAACGUUGUCCUCAGGCUGUUGGCUUUUCGAAUAAAGCCUCCUCCUUGAUAGGAUGCGCUCAGUACUACCGAUCAUCAUCCUCUGAGAUCUAGAACUUUUAGAGGAAUGACACGUGGAAGCUUGUGAAGAAUGGCACGUCAAGACUUGUUAAGGACCUGCAUGGCACGUGGCAACGUGAAGGGAAACGGCCACGCGGAGACUUCAUGGAAACGACGCGUGGAAGUUGGAGGGAUGAAAGGAUGGGCACGUGGAGGCUUGUUUAGCGACGACGCGUGGAAGCUUGCGAAGAACGGCACGUAAAAGAAAGACUGGUGAGGAACUGUGCGGAACGUACAAGAGACUUGAAAGAUGGGCACGUGGAGACUCGAUGGAGCAACACGUGGAAGUUGGAGGAUGAAAGUUGGGCACGUGAAGACUUGAACGAAUGACACGUGGAAGCUUGUAAUGAAUUGUGGCGACGUGA